AUGCAGGGCGGAGAGCUGAUCGAUGUGGCUUGGCACGCUAGGACAGAUGCAUCCAAGCGCGAUGCAGGGGUCUCGGAAUUCACGAUGUUCCAGGAAGCUUACAUCACACUUCGUGUACAGCUCGCUGUCCUUUCACGCUUCGACCAUGCCACGAUGAACAGCGAGUCGCAGAAGCUCCUGCACGAGCACCCAUCGGACAGCGACUCCGAUCCCGAACCAGAACGCAGGCCUAGUCCGGGACAUCUCUCCCCAUCGCCGUCGUCCUCCCGAGCCACCUCCACGUCUCCAGCUCCUCCCGGAUCGCGACCCAAUGGCUUCAGCCAAAAGCGGCAGUCAUCAUUUGCGCGGCCUCGUCUCGAUGGUGUCCCACGGACUCCGAACCGAGUUCGCUUUGACGAUGCCCCCAUAGGGGCCGAGAAUGGCGACAGAGACUGGAUAGAGCUGGAGGGAGACGACUACAUGGGCGCAGACGGACAUGGCGGCAGAGAAAGGGUACAGCGGCUACCGCUCCUCACAGGCAUCGAGGCGCCGAGCGUCACCGUAGCAGAGGAUUUUGACCCUGAGGACUACCUGGAAAGCGCCAGGCCAAGAAGCGGCAUGAAGAGCGCCUUCAUGAACAUGGCCAACAGUAUCAUAGGCGCAGGUAUCAUCGGUCAACCCUAUGCUAUCCGCAACGCCGGCCUCGUCACAGGCACCGCCCUCCUCAUUGGCCUCACAAUCAUUGUUGACUGGACCAUCCGAUUGAUCGUAAUAAACUCGAAGCUCAGUGGCACAGACUCCUUUCAGGCUACGGUGCAACAUUGCUUUGGCAGGUCAGGUUUGAUAGCCAUCUCACUGGCACAAUGGCUUUUUGCCUUUGGUGGUAUGGUGGCAUUCUGCGUCAUUGUAGGCGACACAAUACCGAAGGUCAUGGAUGCUCUGUUCCCAUCCUUGAACGAGAUGUCUUUUCUAUGGCUUUUGACUGACCGCCGGGCGGUCAUGAUUUUGCUCAUUCUGGGUAUCUCAUACCCGCUUUCCUUGUACCGGGAUAUUGCGAAACUUGCUAAAGCCAGUGGCUUCGCACUCGUCAGCAUGACCGUUAUCAUCAUUACUAUCAUAACGCAAGCUUUCCGGGUCCCAGCCGAGUACAAGGGACAACUGCGUGGCUCUCUCAUUAUACACACUGGUAUUUUCGAGGCGAUAGGUGUCAUCUCCUUUGCCUUUGUCUGUCACCACAACAGUCUCCUCAUAUACGGUUCACUCCGCAAACCCACCAUUGACCGCUUCUCGCGGGUCACACAUUACAGUACUAGCAUCUCGUUGAUCGCUUGUCUUGUCAUGGCACUUUCCGGAUAUUUGACGUUCGGCGACAAGACACUCGGCAACGUGCUCAACAACUUUCCCAACGACAAUCUGAUGGUCAACAUCGCGCGAAUCUUUUUCGGGCUGAACAUGCUCACCACGCUGCCGCUUGAAGCCUUCGUGUGCAGAGAGGUAAUGAAUGAAUACUGGUUUCCGGACGAGCCUUUUGAUCCGAAUCGACACUUGAUUCUGUCGACAUCACUGGUCAUUUCGGCAUUAGCGCUUUCUCUGUUGACUUGCGAUCUCGGUGUUGUGUUUGAGCUUUUUGGCGCUACUUCGGCGUGUGCGCUUGCUUUCAUUCUUCCUCCGUUGUGUUAUAUCAAACUUUCGAAGAAAAGCUCGCAAACGUACCUGGCCAUGGCGGUUGUAGCAUUCGGGUGCACUGUCAUGAUCAUAUCCAUCGUCAAGACCACCAGCAAGAUGGUGAUGGGUACUGGGGAACAAGUUAAGUGUAGUUAA